ACAAACCCUUGCCGACUUUGUACAAAACCAAAAGUUCAAACUAAAUCCCCAAAACAAUGUCCACUGGCUACGAAGACGACGAUUCAUCACAAUCCGGUGAUGUUGAGAAUUCAAUUGGGCGGCGCAUUGGGCUACGUGAACGUCCGCGGAAGGCGCAAAUGAAGUCGCAGUUACGCUUACGGAAAAUGAUUGAUGAUUACGACAACUUCCUCGGAGAUUUCGAUCCGGAAAAGUCAACACGGGAACGAAGAAAACUAUCACGGAAAACCUCUGCUCCGCCGCCACCGCAGAAGUGUACAAUGUACGACGAACGAGGACGACUCCGGGACUACAAUUCCACGGAUAUUUGCGAUUGCAUGCAUGAGAAGUGUCCUGGUUGCUUCUUCGCCUGUGCUAAUUGCGGCAAUCCAAAAUGCGGACCAACUUGCCGGAUUAAUAGGCGACAUACUUAUGAGACUAUAGAGUUUGAUGGAAAGGAUAUUAUUAUUCGGAAUAAGUAUCAUAAUCGGAAUUGAACGUGACGAGGCGAGUUUGUGUUUGUAAACUUAUCUGUAAGCUCUCAAUGUAUGGAUGAUUUCUCCUAGAAAUAAAUUACUUCAAUUAA